AUGUCAACUUUUACGACUUCUUCCAAAGUUCGGCAGGAAAAAUAUGAUGUUUUUGUUAGUUUUAGAGGUUCAGACAUUAGACAUGGAUUUCUUAGCCAUUUGACAAGGCAGUUACGACUAAAGGGCAUAGAUGUGUAUGAGGACGAGAGGUUAGAAAGAGGAGAUGAAAUAUCAUCUGCACUUUCGGAAGCAAUAGAAAGAUCAAGAAUUGCGCUGGUGAUAUUCUCAACAGACUAUGCUUCUUCAAGGUGGUGCUUAGAAGAGCUAGAGAAAAUCAUGGAAUGCAAGCGAGUCAAUAAUCAGAUUGUAAUCCCAGUUUUCUAUAAUGUAGACCCAUCACACGUUAGGCAUCAAGAAGGAUCUUAUGCAUAUUCAUUUGCUCAGCACAAGCAAAAGUUUAAAGACAACUUGUUGCAAUUUUGGAGAUCUGUCUUGAAAGAAACUGCAAACUUAUCUGGUUAUCAUCAUUCCUCAAAUUUUCAAAAUGAAUCUGAUCUUAUUGAUGGAAUAAUCAAAGAUGUGUCAAAAAAGCUAGAAGGUAAAGACACAAUUGAGCCAAAGCACCUUAUUGGAAUUGAGGAAAAUUUUGCUACUAUUGAAUCAUUUAUGAAAGACAACUCACAAAAAGUUGGAGUUCUUGGAAUUUGGGGUAAGGGAGGGAUAGGUAAAACAACCUUGGCUCAUGCCACAUUUGAUAAGUUUUCCCAACAGUUUGAUAGUUCUUGCUUCGCAGCAAAUGUGAGAGAGGAAUCGAAAAAGAUUGGAUUGACUCGUUUGCUUGAAGAAAUUCUCUCAAUACUACUAAAAGAUGAAAGUAUUCUCAAAAUCGACGGAAUGCCUAAUAUUCAAAGGAGGCUACGUCGAACAAGAGUUCUUCUAGUGCUUGAUGACGUAGACACCCCCAGUCAAUUACAAUAUCUUAUUGAUGAAAAUCUUUCAUUGGGAGCAAGUAGCAAAGUCAUCAUAACAAGUAGAGACAGGCAUGUUCUUAUUAGUGGGGGAGUUCAUGAAGUUCAUGAGGUGAAAGAAUUAAGCAAGGACAAAUCGCUUCAACUUUUUUGCCGGUAUGCUUUCAAGCAGGGCCAUCCCAAACAAGGAUAUGAAAAGUUAUCACUGCAGGUAAUUGAAUAUGCAAAAGGUCUUCCUCUGGCAUUAAAAGUUUUGGGUUCAUAUUUGAACUCUAGAAAUACAAAAGCAUGGGAGAGUGCCCUUAAAAAAUUGAGAAAGUAUCCAAAUAGGGAAAUUCAGACUGUAUUGAGGGUGAGUUAUGAUGGACUUGAUAUACCAGAAAAGGAACUAUUUUUAAAUAUUGCAUUCUUCUUCAGGGGAGAAAAGAAAGAAGAUAUUAUGAGGGUGCUAGAUGCUUGUGAUCAUAACCUCUACGUGGACAUUGGAAUAGAUAGGCUUCUAGAUAAAGCACUCAUAAUUAUUUCACGUGGCAGUAGAGUAGAAAUUCAUGAUAUGCUACAAGAAAUGGCUGAAGAAAUAGUUCGUGAGGAAUCUAGAGAGCACCCUGAAAGUCGAAAUCGAUUAAAUGAUGCAAAAGAAGUUCAAGAUAUACUGGAAAAUAACAAGGGAACUGAUAUAAUUGAAGGCAUUGCAUUGAAUCCACAUGAGUUAAAAAGCGACAUACACUUGAGUGCUGAUGCUUUUAGUAGAAUGAGUAAUUUAAGAUUUCUCAAGAUUGAUCGUAAUUUUCAAGGCAAAUAUCAAGUGCUUUUCCCUUUUGGUUUAGAGUCACUUCCUAAUAAACUAAGAUAUUUUUGUUGGAACAAUUAUCCAUUGGAGACUCUACCGCUUGGUUUCUGUGCAAACAAACUUGUUGAAAUCCAAAUGCCUUGUAGCGAUCUUGUAAAACUAUGGGAUGGUGUGCAGAAGUUAAAGGAGUUGCCUAGUUUUUUCAAAGCACAAAAUCUUGAAAUAAUGGACUUCGGACAUUGUAAAAGUUUAUGCAGUAUUCAUCCAUCAAUCUUGUCUCUUCCUAAGCUUGUUUCUUUGAAUCUAGAGGGGUGCAACAAAUUAAAGAAUCUUCAUGGGGAUAACCAUUUGAAAUCUCUCAAGGAACUCAAGCUGACAGGCUGCUUUGCUCUCGAGGAAUUUUUGUUGUCAUCAAAAGAAAUGAGAAGUUUACAUUUGGAAUAUGUAGGUAUUGAAACAUUAAACUUGCCAGUUGGACGGUUCAAUAAACUUGAAGAGCUAUAUCUUAGUGGGCCUCUCAGGAGCUUUCAAGUAAAUGAGCUAAGUUGCUUGACAUCUCUAAAGAAAUUUGUUCUUUUCAGUUUUGAAGAAAGAAUUGAAAAAUCAAAAUUAGUCACUCUGUUUGAUGCCUGGCGUUCUUUAGAAGAACUGUAUUUGACGUACUGCGUGAUUUGUGAGAUCCCUGACAAUAUCAGUGCCAUGUCAUUGUUGAAGAGUCUAUCACUACGUGGAAGCAACGUUAAGAGUUUGCCAAAUAGCAUCAAGCAUCUUUCAGAGCUCAGAGAAAUUGAUUUGGGUGAAUGCAAGAGGCUUAGGUCCUUACCAGAACUUCCACCUUCCCUUGCUUAUUGUUAUCUCAACGAAUGCCAAUCACUGGAGACCUUCACUUUCCCACUGAUGCGAGCAAUACAUAACUCUGGUGAGGUUAGAUUUUGUUAUCCUGGAAGCACAAUCCCAGAGGGCUUCAAAUAUUCUCAUACCACUAAGAGGUCCAUUAGUAUUGAGCUUGCACCAACUUCUUCUAACCAUUUAUUAGGUUUUGCUUCUUGUUGUAUUCUUUCCGCAUCAGCGACCUACAUUUUACCACGAGUUGACAGAAAAUUCCACUUUGAAGAUGAAAAGAUCUAUUACAGGGGUGACAACAAACUUUGUCACCUCAAGUAUCAGAGUACAGAUAAUGUUUUGUUAUGGUAUGACCCAGUGGAUCACAUGUUGAACGAAAACCAAAGAAGGCGAUUUGAUGAGGGCGCCACUUACAAGUUUGCAUGUGAAUUCUUCUCCAGAGAUUUCUUUGGUUUUUAUCAGGAUAAAUCUGAUGACAUGAUAAAAGGGUGCGGAAUUUGGCCAAUAUACGCAUCAGAAAUACAAGAGAAAAUGGAAUUAAGGCUGGAGAUGGGUGCUGCUACCGGCAGUACUAGCCAACACCCUAAUGCUGAAGUGUCCCAACAUCAGCCAGCACGUGAUUCCGUUAGGAGAAGCACUCGUGUGCGCCAGAGGAUAGGGAACUUGACCACGAUGCCUUACUCUUUGAGAACCAAGAGAGGCCGAAAUGAGCGCACGGCCCGAAAGGAUAACAAAAGAAUCGCUUGA